AUGGAAGCGCCCGGCAGCAGAUUGGAGCCGCCACCGCUCCCCGAGUACAGCUGCAGCUACGUGGUGUCGCGGCCGGUCUACAGCGAGCUCGCCUUCCAGCAGCAGUACGAGCGGCGCCUGCAGGAGCGCAAGACGCUGCGGGAGAGUCUGGCCAAGGGCUGCAGUUGUUCAAGAAAGAGAGGCCUGGCUGUGUUGAAGACUCUCUUGCCCAUCCUGGACUGGCUCCCCAAGUACCGAAUCAAGGAAUGGCUGCUUAGUGACAUCAUCUCGGGAGUUAGUACUGGCCUGGUGGGCACCCUGCAAGGCAUGGCGUAUGCUCUCCUGGCUGCCGUUCCUGUCGGAUAUGGUCUCUACUCUGCUUUUUUCCCUAUCCUAACAUAUUUUAUCUUUGGAACAUCAAGACACAUCUCAGUUGGGCCUUUCCCUGUGGUCAGUUUAAUGGUGGGAUCUGUUGUUCUGAGCAUGGCCCCCGACGAACACUUUCGCAUAUCCAGCAGUAAUGGCACUGCAUUCAAUGCCACCGUGAUAGACUCUGAGGCUAGAGACGCAACAAGAGUAUUGAUUGCAAGCACCCUUACUCUUCUGGUUGGCAUCAUACAGUUGAUAUUUGGAGCUUUGCAGAUCGGAUUCAUAGUGAGGUACUUGGCAGAUCCUUUGGUUGGCGGAUUCACAACAGCUGCUGCCUUCCAAGUGCUCGUCUCACAGCUGAAGAUCGUUCUCAACGUUUCGACCAAAAACUAUAAUGGCGUUCUCUCCAUUAUCUAUACUCUGAUUGAGAUGUUUCAAAAUAUUGGCCACACCAAUCUUGCUGAUUUUAUUGCUGGAUUACUCACCAUUAUCAUCUGUAUGGCAGUUAAGGAAGUAAAUGAUCGAUUUAAGCACAAAAUUCCAGUCCCUAUUCCUAUAGAAGUAAUUGUGACAAUAAUUGCUACAGCCAUUUCAUAUGGAGCCAACCUAGAAAAAAAUUACAAUGCUGGCAUUGUUAAAUCCAUCCCACGGGGGUUUUUGCCUCCUGUACUUCCACCUGUGAGCUUGUUUUCCGAGAUGUUGGCUGCAUCGUUUUCCAUCGCCGUGGUGGCCUAUGCUAUUGCAGUGUCUGUAGGAAAAGUAUAUGCCAUCAAGUAUGAUUACACCAUCGAUGGGAACCAGGAAUUCAUUGCCUUUGGGAUCAGCAACAUCUUCUCAGGAUUCUUCUCUUGUUUUGUGGCCACCACCGCCUUGUCCCGCACCGCCGUCCAGGAGAGCACAGGGGGAAAGACACAGAUUGCCGGCAUCAUCUCGGCUGGGAUUGUGAUGGUCGCCAUUGUUGCCCUGGGGAAGCUGCUGGAACCCUUGCAGAAGUCGGUCUUGGCAGCUGUUGUAAUCGCCAACCUGAAAGGGAUGUUUAUGCAGGUGUGUGACAUUCCUCGUCUGUGGAGACAGAAUAAGAUCGAUGCCGUUAUCUGGGUGUUUACGUGCAUAGCAUCCAUCAUUCUGGGGCUGGACCUCGGUUUACUAGCUGGGCUCAUGUUUGGAUUACUGACUGUGGUCCUGAGAGUUCAAUUUCCCUCAUGGAACAGCCUUGGAAGCAUUCCUAGCACAGACAUUUACAAAAGUACCAAGAAUUACAAAAAUAUUGAAGAACCUGAAGGAGUGAAGAUUCUUAGAUUUUCCAGUCCUAUUUUUUACGGCAACGUUGAUGGUUUUAAAAAAUGUAUCAAGUCCACAGUUGGAUUUGAUGCCAUUAGAGUGUAUAAUAAGAGACUGAAAGCACUGAGGACAAUACAAAAACUCAUCAAAAAAGGACAAUUAAGGGCAACAAAGAAUGGCAUUAUAAGGGAUGCUGGUUCAUCAAAUGAUGCUUUUGAGCCUGAUGAAGAUGUUGAAGACCCAGAAGACCUUGAUAUCCCAACCAAGGAAAUAGAGAUUCAAGUGGAUUGGAACUCUGAGCUUCCGGUCAAAGUGAAUGUUCCCAAAGUGCCAAUCCACAGCCUUGUGCUUGAUUGUGGAGCUGUGUCUUUCUUGGAUGUUGUUGGAGUGAGAUCAUUGCGAAUGAUUGUCAAAGAAUUUCAAAGAAUUGAUGUAAAUGUGUACUUUGCAUCGCUUCAAGAUCAUGUGAUAGAAAAACUGGAGAAAUGUGAUUUCUUUAAUGAUAACAUUAGAAAGGACAUACUCUUUUUGACGGUCCAUGAUGCUGUCCUCCAUCUACAGAACCAGGUUAAAUCCCAAGACGUUCAAGAUUCCAUUUUAGAAACGAUUACGCUCAUCCAAGACUGUAAAGAUCCCCUUGAAUUAAUGGAAGCAGAGCUGAUUGAAGAAGAACUUGAUGUCCAGGAUGAGGCUAUGCGUAGCCUUGCUUCCUGAAAGUGGGCUCAGGAGGUUGCUAUAAGCUGGGACUGCAAGGCAGAAUUUACCCACCAUCGUAAUUCUAUGCAAACAUUUCCUGCAUGGACUAUUUCUUUGGACUUGAGACACUCAUUCUCUUUCCAUUCGAUUUUUUUUGAAAAAUCCUUUUUUUUUUUAACUUCUUAGCCAAUGAAAGAGAACGACUAAGAUUUAUUUUUAAGGCUUGAUUUAUAAAGUAAAUAGCUUACCUCUACAAUGCGCAAAACGGUGAAGAUUAUCCAGGUGAUUUAGCAAUGUCCAGGAUCUGCUGAUGUUAUGCUGCUGUUCCUUCAUAUCAGAUUUGCUAACAGUGCUCUAGUGGGGACUGGUGUACCCCUGUUUAGUCGGGGUAAGUGUGCCCCAACAGUCUCCGUGGGCAGGUGAGUCGGGAAGGAUUAUCGUAAGAAAAAAUCAAUUUCUGACUGACCUCGAUUCCCAUGAGCUGCAUUGAUCACAGUGUAUGGUGGCACUGAAUAAAUGAAGAAGUUUAAUCAUUAAUGCAUUCGUCAAUAAAGGUCUUCAAAAACCACUUUUAGUGAAUACAUCAACAAAGUUUUUAAAACGCAAAUUUAGUACUCAAUAAUCAGUGUUAUUAUAUGUGACCAGAUUAAAAAAAAAAAAGGGUCACUUAAAAGGUUCAGAAACAGUCUGAUCUAUUUUAGGGGCGCCUGGGUGGCUCAGUCAGCUAAGCAUCUGACUU